AUGAGGUUAACAGUUGGAAAUUCAGCAUCGGACGCUGAAGAAAUAAAACAAUUUGCAAAAUGGCUUUUGGAUAUAGGUGAGGGAAAUGUUGGUGGUCCAAAUGAUGGAGAAGCAUCAAUUGAAAUACCAAGCGAUUUUCUGAUCACUGAUACAUCGGACCCCAUUUCAACUUUAAUUGAUUUUGUGUAUCCUUCAAUUCUUGAAAACUUCAACAAUCAAAAUUAUUUCAGUGAGAGGGCUAUACUUGCACCUAAGAACGAGGUUGUGCAUGAAAUUAAUGAUCGGUUGUUGUCACUAUUGCCAGGCGAAGAACGAGAAUAUCUUAGUUCAGACAGUCUUUGUCAGUCUGAAAAUCCAAACGCUACACAACAAAAACUAUACUCUCCUGAUGUGCUUAACAGUCUUAAAGUAUCCGGCUUACCUAAUCAUAGGCUAGCACUAAAAGUAGGCGUGCCGCUGAUGCUCUUACGUAAGAUUGACCAACAAAAUGGUCUUUGCAAUGGUUAUCAAAUGGAAAAUUCAGGCAGUGAAACUCUGAAUAUGAAUAAAAAGGAUGCACCGGUUAUUGAUGUUGAGGAAGAAAAUCCUAAACUUUUGUCAGAUAUCAAAUCAUAA